GUCUCUGUCAACUUCAUGAGUGAGAAUGCCGGUUGAUUUGUUGUGUCGUGUUCUGUGUCAACGCAUCGGAAGUUGUGUCAUUAUGAAUUUAUAAAUAUAUUGCUAAUUAUAAGUUAUCUCGAAAUAAGUGUUAUUGAAAUAAAUAGUACAAAUUAUUUUGAGGAUAAUAAGUUGUGAGAAUCUAAAUGAUAUGGCACCUACAGUUCAACCGGAGGCCGGAGCUGAAAAACGGAAUUGUGCUGGGGAAAGAAGGUCCGAUUUAGCUUGCCGCGUGAAAUAUUGCAAUACGCUACCUGACAUUCCAUUCGAUUUAAAGUUCAUCACCUAUCCUUUUGAACAAACUCGAUUUAUCAAUUAUAAUCCUACAUCAUUGGAACGUAAUUAUCGAUAUGAUGUUUUAACUGAGCACGAUUUAGGAGUAACAAUUGACCUAAUUAAUAAAGAUACAUAUCAAAUUGUGCCGUACGCUCAAUUAGAUCCUGCAGAUGAAAAAUUGCUUGAAGAGGAUAUUUUAACUCCGCAAGAUUCUCAAAGAUCUAAGUUUCAUAAAAAGAGUGUAUCAUGGCUACGACGAUCAGAGUACAUAUCCACCGAACAAACAAGAUUUCAGCCACAAUCUAUGGAAAAGGUUGAAGCAAAAGUUGGUUAUAAUGUCAAAAAGAAUUUCAGAGAAGAAACAUUAUAUAUGGAUCACGCAAGUCAAAUCAAGGCUAUAGAAAAAACUUUUGCUGAUUCAAAACUACCUGUAGAAAAACAUUACAGCAAACCUUCAGUCGUUCCUGUUGAAAUUUUACCUGUUUAUCCUGAUCAUAAAUCAUGGAAAUAUCCUUGCGCUCAAGUUAUAUUUGAUUCAGAUCCUGCACCAGUUGGUAAACAAGUUCCUGCACAAAUCGAAGAAAUGUCACAAGCUAUGAUACGAGGUGUCAUGGAUGAGAGUGGUGAACAAUUUGUGGCAUAUUUCUUACCAAUGGAGAAAACGCUAGAAAAACGUCUUAAUGAUAUUGCAAAUAAUGUGCUGUAUACAGACGAUGUUGAGUACGAAUAUAAAAUGGCUCGUGAAUAUAACUGGAAUGUUAAAAGCAAAGCGUCCAAGGGUUAUGAGGAAAAUUAUUUCCUUGUUGUGAGACAGGAUGGUGUAUAUUAUAAUGAAUUAGAAACUAGAGUUCGUCUCACAAAAAGAAGACAAAAGGCUGGAUCACAACCAAACAAUACUAGAUUGGUUGUCAAGCAUAGACCUCUUGAAUCAAAGGAACAUCGUGUCCAACGUUAUCGCGAACGUCAAUUGGAACCACCUCGAGAAGAUGAUGAGGAAGAUGAGGAAGAGGAUGAUGAUGAGCUUGAUGCAAACAAUGAAAAUGAAGACCAGCAAUCACAGGAAAGUAUUACAAAACAGGGUGAGAAUGAUGAAGACGAAAUGAAUGCAGAUCAGAAUCACAAAACUCAGAAUGGGGUUCAAGAUGACGAAUCUCCUGGCUCAAAUCGUAGCCAUAGCAGAAGUCGGAGUAAAAGCAAUAGCAGAGCUGGAAGUGGAAGCAGGAGUAGAAGUAGAAGUGGGAGCAGAAACAGGAGUAGAAGUGGGAGUAGAAGUAGAAGUAGGAGCAGAAGUAGAAGUGGUAGCAGGAGUAAAAGUAAAAGCAGGAGUAGAAGUAAAAGCGGUAGUCGAAGUAAAAGCCCAAGUAGAAGCAGAAGUAGAAGCAAGAGUAGAAGUAGAAGCCGUAGUAGAAGUAAGAGUCGAAGCAAGAGCAGAAGUAGAAGCAAAAGCCCAAGCAAAAGCAAGAGCCGAAGCAGGAGCAAGAGCAAGAGCCCAAGCAGAAGCAAGAGUCGAAGCAGAAGUAGGAGCCAAAGCAGAAGCAGAAGUAGAAGUAGAAGCAGUAGCAAAAGUGGAGCUAGAAGCGGAAGAAGCAGAAGCAAGAGUAGUAAUGCGAGCAGUAGGAGUGGUAGCAGAAGUAAAAGUAGAUCCAAAAGCAAGAGUUCUUCCAGAUCGCGUUCCCGAUCACGUUCCGCAUCGGCUCAGAGACGAUCUUCUGCUGCAAGUUCACGUUCAGGGUCUGAAUCUGAAAAAAGUCACUCUGACAGUGAUUCAAAAUCUGAUUCAGGAUCGGAUUAAUAAUAUGUACAAUUUUAACAAUUACGCAGUAUGUAUGAAUAUAUCAUGCAUACUUAAAUUUUUCUGU